AUGACUUUGUGGACUGAGAGAAGGCCUCUCAGCCCUGAAGAUGGAUAUUCAAAUGCUGCCUCUGACGCAUAUAGACCUGUCUGUGACCCUAAAAAGGUUACUCCUCCUCUCAGAACCUCCCUGGGAGUGAGAGCCCCCAAUCCCAGAAAGACACGGCUCCCUACACGGGGUACGUGUAAGGAUGGGAUUGGGCGAGACUCUUUGCUCCAUACAGGUGGCAGGUUUCGCCCUCGGGGCGGAUUGGGGUGGCCACCCGGAAGACAGACCCUAUAUGGACCAACGCCCCAGCUUGCUCGGGGGAUUCCUCCUCCCUGCCCGCCAUCCCCCGGGGAGGGAAUCCGGAGACGUCCGAAGCGGAACCCACCGAGAGGAGCUCGCUCGGGGUCCGGCAAUAGAACCGGACAGCUGGCGCCCGAACAGGGACAUCCGUCCCCGCCGAGCGAGAUCGUGGUCCCCAGUGGCUACCCACGAAAAACACAAGAUUGUGCACCGACGAACCGACGAAGAAGGAGACACCGUCAAAAGAGGAGGCGUCGGAAGAACCGCACGGAAAAGAAAAGGAGAAUGGAUAAGUUGAUGUUGCUCCUGGGGCUGCUUGGCAGCCUCCAGGUAACGUCCGGGGCCCAUAUUCCCCUACUCCAAACCACCAACUCCACACCACCCUAUGUGUAUUGGACAGUCAUCCCAGGGUUUCCCCAUGCGGCACCAGCGACAUGGGUGGGUGACCCGGUGCCCCUGAGGUUGGCGGGAUCAGGCUCCCUGGUCCUGGGCGGCCAUAGCAGCCUUGGCCCAGUGGUCGCCAGGGUACUUAAUAAGACAGUUACCUGGGAAUCAAAGCAUCUCCCCAUAUGCCUGACCAAGGCUGUCUCCGACCCGUGGUGUGCCCAGGUACAGAACAUGACCAUCAGAGAGACGCCACACGGGCCCCACUCCCACCUUGGUCAGGGGGAUUUCUUACAUAUGUGGGCCAUUGCAGCUAAGAAUAGAUCGGCAGCCUUCCAGCGCUUGCUGCAGGCUGCUGGGAGCAAUUGCUCUGGGUCCAAUAAGUCCAGGCCGGAUGUCCCAUGUAACAGGAAGGACUGGCUUAAUGCCACCGUCUCACUCUUUGAGAACAGUGACCCUCCAUCCUCCCCAUUACCCCCUUGUCAUCCCACUCCUAACAUGUUUGAUGUUAUGCAAGUAUGUUCUACAGGGCAUCUGGUGUGGGGACCCGAGUUUAACACAACAUCGAAAACUGAGGUGUACUUCAUGGAUGGAUUCCCCGGACCUUACUUUCCUGCCCCCGUACCACACGUGCUGCAUAACGCCACCCUGCAGACGCAACUCCACCUGUGGAAGGCCGCCGCUGCUUUCGGAGAGGUCAUCCACAUGACGGACAAUUCCGCCCCUUUAGCGGAUAAUGCCACGAUCAACCGAGCGUGGUUUGACCGCCUCUUUAAAGAAGGAUACACAUGCACCGAACACCUUCACAAGGGACACUGCAACAACUUCACAAUUCAUACACAAACUGUCCGAAAUAUGGACAUGUUCCUCCUCUGUGAGAAUGCCACCAUAACUAACACCUCCCUUGGGCUUAACGUGACUUGCCCAAAUGGGGGGAAGCUCACCAACACACUCAUGUCCAUCAACAUAACUAAUGAGACCCGGGUGUUCGUGCUCACAACACCCCCUCUGACCUUCUUGCCGGUAGGAACGGACAAGCCUUUUGCCGACUCGGAUUUCUUUCGGGCUGUCCUGAACCGGGGUAAGAGGGGCUUUGAAGUGACUGCUGUGGACUUCAUUGGGCUAGUGGCCAGUCUGAUAGAACAAGUGGAGAUUAGCACCCUCUACAAGCGAGUAGGCCUAGUCGAAGAUAAUCUUAGGGAUUUUAUGCAGCUCACAACCAAGGCCUGGAUUGCCCAACAAGACAUUAAUAAAUUGGUGACCAUAGAAUUGUCGGCCCUUACAUCGGCCGUGCAAGCCUUAGCCACCCUCAUACAGGUUAACUCCGUGCUAGAGGGCCUCCCUUGCCAUCAUGUACUACCCAGGCCAAUGUGCAUGACGGCCGCCGUGCACAACGCAUCCAGGGAGCUGGAUGAGGCAAGCCGGACCUUGAAUGAGCAUAGCAAUAUGUCUGACUAUCUCAGACGCCUAGAAGAUAUAGUACUACAGAUAAAGAAUGAGACAGACCAAUAUAAGCAGCAGAUACAAAAGGACCAUGGCAUUCUCCCCGAGUGGUUUAACCAGCUUGAAUUGUCUAAUUGGCUUAAUUAUGUACUGAGUAUGGGAAGCAUGGUUUUCUUUCUCUUGGUCAUGUGUAUAUGCCUCCCCUGCUUGCUAUCUUACGUGGUACGGCUUUGGCGUAUGGUCUUAGAGCAAGUAAAAGCGGAUAUAUUCCUGCGUAAACAAAAAGGGGGAGUUGUUAGGGGCGGUCGGCCCUAGUCGCCUGAGCGGAUAGGAACCUCCCUGGGAGUGAGAGCCCCCAAUCCCAGAAAGACACGGCUCCCUACACGGGGUACGUGUAAGGAUGGGAUUGGGCGAGACUCUUUGCUCCAUACAGGUGGCAGGUUUCGCCCUCGGGGCGGAUUGGGGUGGCCACCCGGAAGACAGACCCUAUAUAGACCAACGCCCCAGCUUGCUCGGGGGAUUCCUCCGCAAUUAAUAAAACAUAUGCCUCCCGAA